CCUCCCUCUUCCCCUCACUCAGACACUCACAUAGUGAGGAGCGGUAGUGACGCUGAGCAGCUUCGGCCGUGGAGAGAGCAGGGGCGAGGCAGCAGUGGGGGACAAGGGAGGACCGCCAGCCGGUAACUUGUUGAGCGGGCAGCUAACCCGGGAGCGUGGGGGGUGAGCGAGUCCCGGCUCCGCCAUGGGCUGCACACUGAGCGCCGAGGACAAGGCGGCCGUCGAGAGGAGCAAGAUGAUCGACCGGAACCUGCGGGAGGAUGGAGAGAAAGCCUCCAAGGAAGUGAAGCUCCUACUGCUGGGUGCGGGGGAAUCUGGAAAAAGUACCAUUGUGAAACAGAUGAAGAUUAUCCAUGAAGAUGGAUACUCUGAAGAAGAAUGCAAGCAGUAUAAGGUGGUUGUGUACAGCAACACUAUCCAGUCCAUCAUCGCCAUCAUUCGGGCAAUGGGGAGGCUGAAGAUAGAUUUUGGAGAUGUAACCAGAGCGGACGAUGCCAGGCAGUUGUUUGUGUUGGCAAGCAGUGCUGAAGAAGGUAUGAUGUCUCCGGAGCUGGCAGGUGUAAUCCGGAGACUGUGGAAAGACAGUGGUGUGCAGGCUUGCUUCAAUCGUUCUCGGGAAUACCAGCUCAAUGACUCCGCCUCUUAUUAUCUAAACGACUUGGAUAGGAUCUCUCAGGCUAAUUACAUUCCCACCCAGCAGGAUGUGCUCCGGACGCGAGUUAAAACUACAGGCAUUGUGGAGACGCAUUUCACCUUUAAGGACCUGUACUUUAAAAUGUUCGAUGUGGGAGGACAGAGGUCCGAAAGAAAAAAGUGGAUUCACUGCUUUGAAGGAGUUACAGCAAUCAUUUUCUGUGUGGCGCUCAGUGACUAUGAUCUGUUGUUGGCUGAAGAUGAGGAAAUGAAUCGGAUGCAUGAAAGCAUGAAACUCUUUGACAGCAUUUGCAACAACAAGUGGUUUAUAGACACAUCAAUCAUCCUCUUCCUCAACAAGAAGGAUUUGUUUGAGGAGAAAAUCUCUAGGAGUCCACUGACCAUCUGCUAUCCUGAAUACUCUGGUUCCAACACCUAUGAAGAGGCUGCAGCCUACAUCCAGUGCCAGUUUGAGGACCUGAAUAGAAGGAAAGAUACAAAAGAGAUUUACACACAUUUUACAUGUGCUACAGACACCAAAAAUGUGCAGUUUGUUUUCGACGCAGUGACGGAUGUUAUCAUUAAGAGCAACCUUAUGGAGUGUGGCUUGUACUAAACUGGAGAUUCUGAAAGGGGACCUUGAUGUGUACCUGAUUCUGGAGCUUUGUUGCAUGAGGGGGAGUGCUAUCACUUUAAGCACAAGCCAUUCCUGUUCCCAUCUGGGGAUCCUUCCUCCCCACCCCACACAUGCAGCUGCCUUGGAGUGACUGUAUUUAGACCAGAGCUGUGAGCUGCCCCCUUUCCCCUUGUGAUAUUACCACUAUCCUUAUUCCAAGUAUUCUUUCCAUUUGAGGAAUUGGACUGUUACUGAACCCUCCUGGAUGCAGGAGGCAGCCAGCCUGCUCCCCCAGGUUGCUGCAUCCAAAAGAACAGCAGUGUUACAGCACGGCAUCUCUUCUUAGGACCCUUUGUUUUUAGUGCUUGUUACAAUCCACUUUGUAACAUCAUCUUGAUUCCUGUCUGGACCUGACUCAGUGAGAAACCUUUCUGAAUGCUCCUUCAUGGGUACUGGACACUAGAACAAUUUUCUGCUCUCACUGUGUUUGUCUGCCUUGUGCCAUUAUGUUUUAAUACUAAACCGCUCCCUGGACCCGAGCGGUUUAUUUUUACCUUCGGCCUAAUCCACUUUUUGUAAUUGGCAGCUCCGUCACCGUUUUACUUAUUUUCAGGGAGCUAUGCUCACCCUUUUUGGCCAUAUCACUUUUUGUUGUGUUCUUUCUCCUAUUUUUUGUCUUUGGCUCCUGAUUGACUCACACAGCUGCCUUCUCUGGUGCCAGUACCAAUGUCACUCCUACUCUGCCCAGUUGAUAUUGGGCAAAUCCGGUCUGCAGUUUCCUUACCUGCUCCGGUGCAUGCAUUCCUACAUUGGUGCCAAACAUACCUUCACCCUAAUGACAUUUUUUUAAAAAUAUAUAUAUUAUAGUUUUUCUUGCCUUGAACAUUCCUUUUUGGGUCACAGACUACACACAGGACCAGUAUUGGCAGUGUCAAAGACACAUGCCACCUCUUUUGCUAGGAAUACCAACUGUACUAUUAAUGUUAUAUGUUGCAUUUUCCAUAUUCACUCCUGUUCAUUGCUCGGGCGUUCCACUCAAUAACUCAUCUUGUUUGUAAACAGUAUUAAAUGGUGAGAUAUGCAA